UUAGGACAGAAAGGUGAUGCAGUGGUUAGCACAUACACUAAUUUGUGAGAACCAUGGUUCAAAUCCACAUCUAGCCAUGCAGAUGUUGGUUUUUUGUGAUUUCCCUUAAUUGCUCUCAACAAAUGCCAGAAUGGUUCCUUCCAAAGGGAGUGGCAGAUUUUCUUCUCCAUUCUUGAAACUUUUAAAGAGUUCAUGCUGCAUCUUUAUAUGUAAUACGAUACUUGUGUAAUACUAUAUAUUUGUACUAAGACUUCUACGGAUUCAAAACUAGCUAGCAAAUGUGUUGGGAUGCUAUUGUAGUCUCUUGCCAGUGAAAUGCUAAGUGUCAUAGCACUGAAGUAGUCUGUGGUAACCAUUUUGAAAUUACAUGAAACAUUUUUUGAUUUGUUUCCACUUGUUUCAUGCCAUGCUUAAAGGAAAGUAGGAGUGCCACCUACAGGGUGUAUACUUUCUGGGGAAAAUGCAGGAAUUUUUCAUUGUUUUAGUUGUCAGUUAAUUUUUUUUAAUUUUGAGUGAUUAGAACUGACAAUCUACCAAAGAAUUUUGCGUUAGCCCACUACUUUAGAAUAAUACUGAAGCAAAGAAACUUAAACGAGAGAAUAACACAAAAGGACUGGUUAUGAUGCGUCAUUCUCAUGAGCCUUGUUUUGAAGACCAUGCAAUACAAAAAAAACUGCUCUCAAUGAGCAUGACGUCACAACUGCUUACAUUUCUAACAGGUCGCAAGAAAAUAUUGCGAAUGGUGGUUUGAGAAGUGUUACUUAAAGCUAAAUUUCCUCUUACUCAAUAUGAAUUAUGUUACGUGUGAGAAUGUGUGACGAAUUUCUUAGGUCGCACAGCAUUACACACUCAUUCGAAACUUAACACCGAGAACCAACCUCUUAAAAAACUUUCGGGGCCAAAGGACCAGCUAUUUACGCCAUUACGUAAUAUUUAUUGGCACGUUGUGUAUGUUUGAUACAUCAUAAAGGGUAACACACACUAAAAAAUCCUUUAAUUCUUUCAGAUUACAAAUUAUGUUAUGAUGGUAAAAGUAUAAUUACCCUUCACAAAAAAUCCUAUGUGAGUUCUUGAGCAAUUUCACACAUGAUCGGCUUUUCUGUUAUGGAAAAAUGCUUGAUGGAACAUGUAUUCAGCCAGAGAAAAGAGGAUGUUCCUAAGGAAAAUACUCCAGAUGGCAGUGCAGUGAAGAAACUAGUAUCACAAGGGCGUAGUCCAAGAGCAGUCUUCUCUCCAGCAAGUUUUUCUCCCAAAGUUGCAACUCCAUCUACGAAGUAUGAGUCCCGAACUAAUUCUGGUGACAUUGUCUUAGAGCAUGGGAACUGUGAAGGUGCCUUGUGGUCAGCUCGAACUAAAUUUACACCAAUAGUUACCCAUGAUGAAGUAAAACACCAGAGGUUUCGUUUUAUGUUUGAACGUCUUCAGGAGAAAGCGGAAAUUUUGGGUGAUGUGAUUCACGAAUUGGGUCAAGAAUUACUUCAGCAGAACAAUCUUUCUGAACCCACAAACCCAACUGUAAGGCAUGCGGAACUAUUUGUAGCUGCUGGGAGAGUUUGUUGUGAUGCUAAUGGCAGACUAAACCCAAGUUCUGUACUUUUGGAGAGUGAACAGAGUUUUGGUUGUGGAAAAUCUGUUGCUCUCGACCUUAGCCAGCUUGAAACCUAUUCGCUGUUUCCAGGACAAAUAAUUGCCAUAGAAGGUGUUAAUCUUGAUGGAAAGAAAGUGAUCGUUAAAAAACUGUACACAGACAUAAAACCUGUUCUUGCAGACUCUCUCCCAACAUUCAGCAAUGAUGAUGGACCUCUUCAAGUUGUUGUGGCAGCUGGUCCUUACACACAGACUGAUACAUUGAUGUAUCAGCCAUUGGAGGACUUAGUGUCUUACAUAAGAAACCAUGAGCCACAUGCAUUGAUACUAGUGGGGCCAUUUGUAGACGCCAAGCAUCCACAUGUUGAGGAAGGAAAACUUGCAGAAACACAUGAUUCUCUGUUUGAGAAGAUAGUUGAAGGAAUUAUGGAACCACUUAGAGGGUCUCACACACAAGUUGUUGUUGUACCAUGUUGGCGAGAUGUCCAUCAUCACGUGAUAUACCCAACACCACCAUUUUUACGUACAAAAAGAUUAAUGUAUACUAACUUGCAUUUUAUGUCUGAUCCGUGCCAGUUUUCAAUCUGUGGUGUUAAGUUUGGUGUUACAUCUGUAGACGUCUUGUUCCACCUUGGGAAGGAAGAGAUAUCUUAUCCUGCUCAGGGUUCAGACCGUCUUGGGCGGUUGGCUAGUCAUGUUCUGUCCCAGCGGAACUUCUAUCCACUUUUUCCACCUGCUGAAGAGUUAAGUGUGGAUCUGGGCCACUGGGAAAAACUUUCACAUCUUCCUGUUGCACCACACAUUCUUAUUUUGCCAUCAGAUUUACGUUAUUUCAUAAAGAACAUAAAAGGUUGCUUGGUUGUUAAUCCAGAGCGGCUUGCCAAAGGAUUGGUUGGUGGGAGUAUGGCACGUUUAGAAAUAAAAGCUGCAGGACAAGGAUCGCAGUUUCCUGUCAGUGUUAUUGCUCAGAUUUUGAAGAUUUAACUGUAUUAAUGGACUUCCAAAUUUUAAAUAUAAUUAUGUACUUCAUGCUUCGAAAUAAUUUUAAGAUAAUAGGACUGAGAUGAAACAUGCACACAGUUGGUCCAGUGUCAAAUUUCCUGCAGAUUUUAAGCCUUCCUGAAUCAUGUGUGUCAGAUAUUAGAAAACUCUAGUAUUGUGAAGUUUUUUAUGAAAAGAUGCAAGUGGAAGUAGAAAUUUAUGAUGGUUUUCUUUCAAGCUAAAAUUGGCCCUGAAUGGUACCAUUCAGAUGUGGCACUAUUUUAAAGUGCCGUUACUGUUGUUCAUUUAGUUGCAGCUCAAAAGUUGGCAAAGUAGUUCGUUUACGAUGAGCACUUUAAAGUUGAGGUUUUCAUUUGAUUAUUUUUUUUUUUGUAAAUGCCAAACUUAAUACCAGUGCCUUGAACUGCUGUGAACGAUGUGUGAUUAUUGAUCACUUUCUGAAAAGAUGUUACAUUAAUGUGCAGAAUUAAUUUUUUCUCAUGAGAACUGGUCCAGGUUUCUGAAAAUGUGGAAUCUUAAGGUGAAUGUUUUGAGACACUAUAAAACAUUUUGUACAAAAAAAAUUUAUUUCAUUGC